AUGUCUCGAAAACGGAAAGACAAUCAAAAGUGGCGAUCACGUCCGUCAAGGAAGAAAUCGCACAGAAAGAAAAAUAUUAAUCAUAAACCAUCUCGAAUUCGUAAGAACAAUGCAAAACGCUCACAUUCAAAGAAACCGCUGGAACAAACAAGAAAAAAGAUUUCAAAAGUUAAUUUUUCUGUUGUACCAUUAGAUCUUGAUGCAAGUACAACNAUUCUGUUUAUGUCUCGAAAACGGAAAGACAAUCAAAAGUGGCGAUCACGUCCGUCAAGGAAGAAAUCGCACAGAAAGAAAAAUAUUAAUCAUAAACCAUCUCGAAUUCGUAAGAACAAUGCAAAACGCUCACAUUCAAAGAAACCGCUGGAACAAACAAGAAAAAAGAUUUCAAAAGUUAAUUUUUCUGUUGUACCAUUAGAUCUUGAUGCAAGUACAACCGAAGAUGUACUUGAUUCACGAAUCAUACAUAAUUUCCUUACUGAAAGAUAUUUAUCAGAAGUUCGUCAAGUAUGGUCUUCUUGCACCUGUUGUAUGUGUGAGCAUCCAGACAGUAAUAUGAAAACAGCAAAGAAAGAACACGAAAGAUAUCAUGAUUGUAUGGAAAACGAUAUCCUUUGUCAGCUUUGCUAUGAUUUUAAUUCAACAGACAGUGUACCUUUUUGUCCACAUUCCCGAGAUCGAAAUAUGUUACAAAUCCCAACAGCACCAAUAUGCCUCAAACUUGGUUUUCUUGAGCAAAGAGCGGUAGCACUGAUGCAUUGUUAUAUGAGUAUACUCAUAGUUCGUGGACAUCAAGGAGCUAUGAAAGGUCAAGUAGUACACUGUCAAGCCGAUGUGGCGAACAAUAUCACUGAUCUCUUGCCAUUACCUAAAUGCUACGAAUUCAUGGCUGUUAUCCAACAAAAAUCGACAAAUGAUGGGAAAGAAGUAAGAACAACAGUACCCUACUCGGUUAGUGCCAUUCAAAUCCUCAAUGCAAUACAUUUUCUUGUACAACAUCAUAUUGCAUAUAUGAACAAAAAAGUUCUGCCGUUGCACAAAGUUGUAGAAAUGUUUGCAUGUAAACAAGAAGAAACAACUCCCAUUAGAAUAAUUGAUUCUUACGCUUAUAAUAAUUCGACAACAUCUGCACCAAUCAUACUUGAUCCGACGGAUGACUUUUGCGGCCCAAGCCGUACUCUAAAAGCCGGUGAAGAUCCCAUAUGGAAAAUUGAGCCAGGCAUGGAAGAAUGCACAUUUCCAUGGCUUUAUCCCACAGGCGAGCGAGGUGAACUUGACAUAAAGAGACCUAUUCCUUUGAAACUUCGUGAUUAUUAUAAAUUACGAUUAAUGUCCAGUGAUAAAAGAUGGCAAAAUGAUUCUAUCUGGACAUUCCGAGCAAUGAAUUUAAUCCAACGAGAUGAUUUACGUGCUGCUGUAAACUAUCAUGUCAAACAACAAUUCAAAAAAGAUCGUCUAUGCUAUAACAUAUACCCAGGUAACG